GCCAUCGGAAUGGAAGCAUCAGUCGCCUACGCUUUAUUUUUGCACCGCCAGGAGCUGCAGCGCCGCCAGAUGCUCUACAUCCAGGUGUCCAAGACCAAGAUUCAGUUGACCAAGGAGCUGAUAGCCGAGCAAAAGCAACGCCUGGCCACCUGCUCACCCGAGGAUCUGCAGAUCCUGAGCAGGGAAACGCAGUUCAAACGACAACUUCAGCAGAAACUCAAGCACCGGAACAAACAACUGAAAGCUAUUGCCAAACAGCAGGAGAGACGGGGUUGAGGCGAAAAAGGAUAUUUUGACUACCCUCAGGGUUACCACUUUAAUUAGUUUUAGCUCAACGCAAAUGAUGUGUUCGUUUACAUAGUUUAGUUUAGUUUUAGCUCAAAGAAAUAAA